UCAACCCAUGUGGCCCGCCACCAUAGGUUGAUGUGACAGCUCGAAAUUUGAAGAAUGGUGCUGCUAUAUGUACAGGAUAACUUCUACAUGAAUGGUACAGGAUUUCAAAAUCAAUGACAUGGCUGAUAAAAAAAAUAAAAAAAGAAUCAACGGUGAAAUAAAACGGGGUAAAGACCUAACAAAGCCAAACCAAUUGUUUCUAAUCUCUCCACAAGUUCCCAGCAAAGAAGCACGCCAAUCACCUUUCUCUAUCUUCGGCCAACUUUCGACUACUGGACCGACGUUCAACCUCCACUACAGUGUAAUCACAAAAGCUCACCAAAACUCAACAUUGAACCCAUAUUUGAAGGCAGCCGUAACAACGAGAUAUGAUGGACAAAGGGAAAGAAAUUGUGGAAGAUAGAAUGAUGACCUGUUGCUGGAAUGAAACGAGAAAUGUUGUUACAGUUCUUGAUGUUGGUUGUGGUGUUGCCAGUUUUGGUGCUUACCUUCUAAAAUUCGAUAUCUUUGCUAUGUCUUUAGCACCAAAUGAUUUGCACCAAAAUCAGAUCCAAUUUGCGCUAGAAAGAGGAAUUCCUAUAUAUCUUGGUGUUCUUGAACAAAGAGACUUCCUUACCCAAGCAGAUCUUUUAAACUUGCACACUGUUCUCAUUGUAGAAUUGAUUGGCUGCGGAGGGAUGGGCUCCUUCUUCUUGAAUUGGAUAGGCUUCUUAGACCUGGAGGCUAUUUUCCCUACUCGUCCCCUGAAGCUUAUGCACGGGAUGAAGAGGACCUAAGAAUAAGGAGGGAGAUGAGUGCGCUUGUGGAACGUAUGUGUUGGAGGAUUGUUGCAAAAAGGAACCAAAUUGUGCCUUUAACAAAUGGCCGUUAUUUGGAAGGACAAUUCCACUUGUACAUAAUUUUUGGUACUCACCGAGCAAGGUGGCACCAACUUGUGAUUUUUGUUGAUGUUAUUAUUCAACAUGUAAUAGGAGGUUGCUCGGUGUUAACUUUAUUUUGGAAUUUUU